ACUCCCUUGAUCUUUUCGCUUCAGGUGCUUUUCGCUACAUCGACGAGUCUACUGGUUUGCUAUAAUAUACUCUCAGUAAUAGUGCUUUGUCCAUACAUCCGUCAUCACUUCCUAAUCCAACGACGUGAUCUACCAAAAUGGCGCGUAACUCGGAAAAAGCCCAGUCGAUGCUCUUCCGCUUCCGGGAGGCACAGGCAGCAGAUCUCGGCAUCAUCGACGCCGGCCGCACACGGCGUCCCCGCGUGAUAACAGAAGUAGACGCGAUUCCGGCGUGCGAGAAAUGGCGAGGCCAGGUGCUGAAGGAGGUCUCGCGGAAGGUGUCCAAGAUCCAGGACCCCGCGCUCAGCGACUACCAGAUCCGGGACCUGAACGACGAGAUCAACAAGCUGAUGCGGGAAAAACAUAUGUGGGAGGUGCAAAUCCGGAAUUUGGGAGGGCCGAAUUACAUGCGCGGCACGGGGAAGAUCUACGACGAGACCGGGCGCGAAAUACCCGGCGGAGGAGGGAAGGGGUAUAAAUACUUUGGGAGAGCGAGGGAAUUACCCGGUGUCAAGGAGCUCUUCGAAGCGGCGCGGCAGGCGAGGGCGCAGGACGAGAAACCCCUCGAGACCCGCGAUGAUUUGCGCAAGGCCGUCGACGCGAAAUACUACGGCUAUGCGCCAGACGAAGAAGACGACGCCUUACUAGCGUACGAGGCCGAGAAGGAGAAAGAAGCAUUUGAUAUGUUGCACAAGCAAGCCGGGAAAAAUACCAAGCCGCCACCGGACUGGGAACCGCUGCCGGGAGAUGCUGGAGAUGGACGCACGUGGGAGUUGCCGACGUUGGAAGAAGUCCAGCAGGAGCUUAUGGAGAGAAGACGGCGGAAACUGCUUGAUCAGAUUCAGUAGAUGGGGGCCUAGGAUGAGGAGAGUUACUACACCAACCACGGGGCGAGUGAUACAAAGGUUAUUCGACGAGGGUUGGCUGGCUGCUGCCGGCACUCACAGUCAAGGCUCAGACCUGGUCGAAACCAGUACAUGGGUACGCCAACACUUGUCAGAUUCGCCAUAUGGGGUGUCGGCAUCAACGGCUUUGAUACUGGCCUCGGCUACUGCUUUCUAAGCCUUGAAUUGGGACGCAUACCCGAAGAGGAGCUUCGCAUAGGUGCUAAGUGAAGAUGGCUACGAGAU